AAUCGUAUUGGUGUUUAUUAAUUCAAUUGACCAAUGCCAGAUUUGCGAUAAGUGCUCAUUGGAGAUGUGUUCCAAUGCUCAUUUGCUGUCUUCAAAUUUUUACAUCAAAUCAACCAAAUAACAACAGUAGAUACUUACUACGUUUUGAAUAAGAAUCAUGUUUUAUUUGAUAGGACUAGGAUUAAGCGAUGUAAAGGAUAUCACUGUAAAAGGACUUGAAAUUAUCAAGAAAUGCAACCGCGUGUAUCUAGAGUCCUACACUUCUAUUUUGACAGUACAACAAGAAGCUAUGGAGGAGUUCUAUGGACGGUCUUUGAUUCCAGCUGACCGCGAGUUAGUGGAGAGUAAUGCAGAUGAAAUAUUGCCACAGAAAGAAGAUGAGGAUGUUGCAUUUUUAGUUGUAGGAGAUCCUUUUGGUGCCACAACACAUACAGAUUUAGUUCUACGUGCAAAAGAAAAAAAUAUACAGGUCAAAGUUGUGCAUAACUCAUCAAUCUUAACUGCAGUUGGUUGCUGUGGUUUGCAACUCUAUUCCUAUGGAGAAACUGUUUCAAUUCCAUAUUGGACCGAUAGUUGGAAGCCUGACAGCUUUUACGAAAAGAUAGCUUCUAACAGACAAAGAGGAUUGCACACGUUAUGUCUCCUAGAUAUUAAAGUUAAAGAGCCUAUCUUGGAGAGUAUUAUGAAGAAGAAAAAAGAAUAUAUGCCUCCUAGAUUUAUGAGUGUUAACGAGGCAGCUAAUCAAUUGAUAGAGAUACUGAACAAUAAAAUUGAAGAAGAUCGGAAAAGCUUAGCAUUUACACAUGAAAGUUUGGCGGUUGGUCUAGCACGAGUAGGCAGCGAGGAUCAAAAAAUUAUUGCUUGUUCGUUACAGGAUAUGACGCGUGUCGAUUUAGGACCUCCGCUGCAUUGUCUUGUCAUACCAUCUGUUAAACUGCAUCCCCUUGAGAUCGAUUAUUUAAUACAAUACGCUCUCGAUGAGAAUUACUUUAAACAAAUGACACAAUAAAUUGCACAAUAAUUAGGAAAACAAAAUAAAGAAUAUAACGAACUUG